GCGUUAUUUUGUUUUCUGUUUUGUUUUUCGUUUCGGUUAAUUUUCGUCCGUUUUUUAAGUGUUUUUUGUUGAUAAAGUUGAAGAAGAACGUUAAACUUUUGACAAUUUUGUUAAUAUUAGCGUCUGCUUGUAACUUUUGUGAGUGGAAACCCAGUGCAUUCGGUUAUUGUCGGUGUGCAUUCGCCUUGCGCCCGUGUGUGUGUGUGCGUGCGCUACCAGCAACAGGUUUUCGAACUCAAUUCAGCGGAGCACCUCAAUUCUCAUUUGUUUUUGGAAUUCCGUCGAGUUCGGUUCGUUCGGUUCGCGUCGCUCGCUUUCCUCGGUGCACUUUUCCAGCGGGAAAAUCGAAUUGCAAUUGAAUGCGACUUUGAUGGAAAACGAGCGUGGCCUGAGCAACCCGUUUUAGCUCUUCUACCGCAGGCUUGCAGGUGUGUAACGUCGUCGCCCGUCGUCCAGCCAAUAACAAGUUCAAACCUGGCCAUAUUAUCACAGUUAACAAGUGCGAGUGUGUUUGUGUGUGAGUGCGCGCAAGGGAGGAAAACGCGUUGGCAGUUUUCAUCGCCUCAAAACCAAAAAGCCGCCAUAAAAAUGGAAAGUGUUCGACGCUGAUGAUCAUUGAUCGAUCCCUCGCCUUGGUUCAUCUUGUUUUCGUGCCGAAUAAGCAAACAAACACAGUAAAAAGCUUCUCCGAAACCGCCUUGGAAGCUCAAUGACGAAUGAAUUAAUAAAAAGACCCAAGUGAAGAAGCACUCAAAGGUUAGCUAAUAAUUCCCGCGAAAAAGCGAAGCAGAAACAAUUGGAUACUGGAUAAAGAAUCUCAAAUGCAAUGGCAAGACUAAUCGUCAGUGGUUAAGGCUGCUCGGGAACGAUUCGUGAGUGUGAGAGCGUGAUAGAAGCUAAGAUAACCGGCACAGAAUGCCAAUAAUCACGGCCACAACAACGUCGACAGCCGGCGGAGGAGCAGGUGUGGCGACCAGGGGCGUGACUGCCGCCAAGUCUCCCACCGAUUACCUAUUGCUCCAGCAACAGCCGGUGUCGCACCAGCAGCAGCAGCACCAGCAGCAGCAGCAGCAACAGCAACAGCAGCCACAGCCGCAGCACUUUAGCAAUCACUUCUAUCAACAGCCGCAGCCGCAGCAGCAGCAGCACCAGCAGCAGUUGGCGCCUCCAAAUGCUUCCCACCAACACCAGCACUCCCAUCUACAUCCACAUCCACAUGCACAUCCUGUUGCUGCUCCGACCAGUUUUGCAACAUUUAACGGAAACUCGAAUCUAAAUGCUAGCCUUGCCAACGGAAGCAGCAGAAAAUUCAAUUGCAGCCGCGACAACGUGGACGAAGCCGCCGACGUUGCCGCCGUUUCCCAGACACUGGCCGCCGGCACCGAUGUGGUUGGUAACGGUAAUGGGGAUAAGCUUGCCGGUCUACCACCACCAGGUGGCCACCAUCUUCGCCCGCCGCCACCGCCGGCUGUCAAGAAGUCCGUCGUAUCUGGCUCAGCAGCUGGGAACUCUGCCUCUCGCGAGGAUGUCACCUCGCUUAGCGGCACUUCCUCACUGAACAGCCAGAUGUCAGCGCCCAAUCACUUCAUCCCCGGAUUGCCAAGCAAUGGGAUUGGUGGCAAUGGGGCCACAGCACCCGGACGAGGCGGUCCACCCAGCAGUAUUUUAAAAGGGAGCAAGGAGAACCUCCUGCAGAACACAUACUACAAUGGCGAGACCGGUGACAGCAGUCUGGGCAGCGAGUGCGGUGUCGGGGAUGUUCAGAAUCAGCACCACGAGAACCAUGACGACCCGGGCGAUGGACUGGGACCCCUGCCCCCUAAAUGGGAGACCGCCUACACGGAUCGCGGCGAGCUCUACUUCAUUGAUCACAAUACCGGGACCUCCCACUGGCUGGACCCGCGGCUUUCCAAGUAUCAGAAAAAAUCACUGGAGGAUUGCUGCGAGGAUGAACUUCCCUACGGCUGGGAAAAGAUCGAGGACUCCAUGUAUGGCAUGUACUUUAUAGAUCAUGUGAACCGCAGGACGCAGUACGAAAACCCAGUGUUGGAGGCUAAGCGUAGGGCUGCUGAACAGCGCCAGCAACAACAACAGCAGCAGCAGCAGCAACAACAGCUGGUGCAAGAACAGCGCUCAAAGACACCCAUUAUACUGCCAGAAACCAUAGCCUCGGAGGCAGCUGUGGAUCAUGAGGAGGAUGAUGCUGGGGUGGUCCCUGUAAAGCUGCCCUACAAGUUCACCCGAAACCCAGCCGAGCUGCAAGGUCAGCGCAUUAACACAACGCUGGUAAAGUCAUCCCGUGGCCUAGGCUUCACCAUCGUCGGCAGUGACGGCACCUCUGGCGGGGAUGUGGAGGAGUUUCUGCAGAUCAAGACCGUGGUUCCCAAUGGUCCGGCCUGGCUCGAUGGACAGCUGCAGACGGGCGAUGUCCUGGUCUAUGUCAAUGACACCUGUGUGCUCGGAUACACGCACCACGACAUGGUCAACAUUUUUCAGUCAAUUAUGCCCGGGGAAAGGGCAGCUCUCGAGGUGUGUCGUGGCUACCCAUUGCCAUUUGAUCCAAAUGAUCCCAACAACGAGGUGGUGACCACCAUGGCUGUGGACGGGCGUGAGUCGGAUAAGCAGCGACGUCUCAAUAUGGAUGGCAACUACAACUUCCUCGACUUGUCCGGCGACAAGGCCAGUGGUGCUGGCAGCGGCUUCAUUCUGAUGAAGAAGCCCGAGCUGUAUACAUUCUCCAUUAUGAAGGGAGCCAUGGGCUUUGGGUUUACCAUCGCAGACUCCGCCUGCGGUCAAAUAGUGAAGAAGAUCCUGGACCGCAAUUGCUGCACCCAACUGAUGGAGGGCGAUGUUCUUCUAGAGAUCAAUGGCUUGAAUGUUCGUAGCAAGCCCCAUUUCUACGUCGUGGAGCUUCUUAAGGAGUGCAGCCUUACGACGCCCACAGUUGUGAAGAUUCAGCGCACUCCGCCCGAUCAGCAGACCACAAAUACGCUCAACCAACUCAGCCAGGUGGGCAAUGUGGCCAAGCUGCGCAAGAACUUCGUGGGCAGCGGUCUAUUUCGCAGUAAGACGCCCACUGCGGACUUGUACAGUACCCAGGUGAAGGAGGUGCUGCCUAUGCGCCCGAAAACUCCACUGGUGGACACUAGGAGGGCACGAGUGCAGACGCCUAGCAAUGAGGUGGACAGCGAAGCUGGAGGUGACUCUGCAAACAGGAGCGAAACGGAGGCGCGAAAACCGUUGCAGCUGCAUUCACAGGCCAAGUCAAACAACAGUCUGCAGGAGCUGGACGAUAUACCCUACAUGGACCCCUAUCCCAAGAUGGUAAGCCGUCUCAGCGAGCGUCUGGCGGAGGCCACGCUGCAGGGAGAUGUUAAUGGUGGCAUAUACGGACUGCCACCCAGCAUGCAGCCACUUCCCUUGCCGCUGGUGCACCACGAGUCUUGCUACUGCUACGACUGCCAGGCGCAGCGCUAUCGCCCUGGCUACUUCGUUCAAGCGCAGCAGGCCGGGAUGUCGGGCACCGGCAACGGUCAAUAUUCUCCGCUGCAAACGGCUCACCUCCAGAACGAACGCAUCCAGCGAAGGGUUAAUGAGCUGCUCAGUGAUCGAAGGCGUGUUGGAUUUGCGAAUCUCGAUCCUCCACACCAACAGCAGCCCCAGAUUCAGCAUUCGCCAAGCUGGCGCAACGGAGCCCUGCUAGAUGCCUCCGAGGAUGCGGACCGGUGUGAGCUAACCGAGGUGACGCUCGAGCGCCAGGCGUUAGGCUUUGGCUUUCGCAUCGUUGGCGGGACUGAGGAAGGCUCCCAGGUCACUGUGGGCCACAUAGUGCCCGGCGGGGCUGCAGAUCAGGACCAGCGCAUAGCCACUGGCGACGAGAUUCUCAGUAUCGACGGCAUUAAUGUGCUCAACUCUUCGCAUCACAAAGUUGUUUCUUUGGUGGGUGAAUCUGCCUUACGCGGCCAGGUUACCAUGAUACUGCGACGGCGUCGUCCUUCGCUUCUGCAGCAAGCUCUGCCUCUGAGCUCCCAGCAGCGGCCUUAUCCUUACGAUGUAAUUGUAAGUCGGCAUGAAAAUGAGGGAUUCGGAUUUGUUAUAAUUUCGUCAUCGAACCAUUAUUACGGCUCGACUAUAGGAAAACUAAUACCUGGCAGUCCGGCGGAUCGCUGUGGGGAGCUGAAGGUGGGCGAUCGGAUUGUGGCAGUCAACCGAAUCGAGAUUGCUGGAAUGACGCAUGGCGAUGUGGUGAAUCUUAUUAAGGAGUCCGGUCUCCAUGUACGCCUCACCAUUGGAUGUCCGCUUAAAGAGGGCGGUCCUAGUCCCGGUGGCAGUAGCGCCGGUCUGGGCAGCAACACUCCUCUCCAGCCAUCGCCCAGUCUAAUGAAGGCACCACCACCGGCUCUUUCCCUUCAACAGCAACCGCUCUCCCAACAAUCACAACUUCACCACCACCAUCAACAGCAAUUGGAGAUGCCGAUGUCCAUGCCCAUGCCUGGUCAUGGCAGCUACUUGGAGCGACCCAGCAACAAUAUCGCGGCCACUCUGGCACUGCACCAGCAGCAGCCACAGUUAUGACUCUGAGACCUACGGAUUCGGCUCUACAAGAGCUUUCUUUAGUGUUAAAUCGAUCGUAGGCCGCAUGGUUUAGUUAAGUUCUAGUUAAGUAACCCCAAAGACUGAAUUUAGUAGCAUUUGUAGGUGGAUAAUGCGAGUCUCGAACGUUUCGUGCGUGCGCCUUUAAAACCAGUUUUAUUAGAACCCAUUUAGUGGCAUAGGCUUGGUAUGUUAUAAGCUCAACAGUAAGAUAAUUCCGCCAGUUUUUGUAAAAUACGGACUAAAUUAUAAUGUACAAAUGUAAAGGACUUCAAUAUUUUA